AUGGCUCAGGAGAAAAAACAAAAAAUAUUGCAAAAUAGAAAAAGAAAAUAUGAAAAGUUAAAUAAAUCAAAGAAAGAAGAACAGCUUACCAAAAAUAUGAAUUACAGAAAAACAAUUAAUAAAGGACAAAAGCAAAAAAUACUAGAGAAUAAAAGAAUGAAAUAUGAAGCAAUGGAUCAAUCAAAGAAAGAGGAACUGCUUACUAAAAAUAUGAAUUAUAAAGAAACAAUGAGUAAAGAACAAAAGCGAAAAACACUGGAGAAUAAAAGAGCUAAAUAUGAAGCAAUGGAUCAAUCAAAGAAAGAGCAACUGCUUACUAAAAAUAUGAAUUAUAAGGAAACAAUGAGCAAAGAACAAAAGCAAAAAAUACUGGAGAAUGAAAGAGCUAAAUAUGAAGCAAUGGAUCAAUCAAAGAAAUAG